AUGGCUCCCAAGUUACUUCACUGCCUACUGCAGGUUUGCUUUGACGACGCUCCCGAAGAAGAUUCUCAAGAAGACGAGACAUCCCAUCCGCCGCAGACGAACCGCAUCGCUCGAUUUCUUCCGCAAGGAGACAACGACUACGCGCGAGUCGACGAAGCGCCACAGCAUGAAGAUUGCUGCGAGACUACUGCUACUAGUACUACCACGACAACAACCGCUGCUUCUACUAGAAUGUCCGGCAUUCGCGAGUUUUGGCGAAGUGUCCAAGAAAAGUUGAGUUUGUCGACGUCGUCCAACGCCAUCGAAACGACGACUACUUCUACAACAACCGAACCAGCAACUGCAAAUAAUGAAGAAUACAUUCCCAUCUUGACACAAGCGUCUUCCUUCGACUCAUCCAAAGAAGUCCCCACCAUUGCCACGGAACAAGUGGUAUUGCCCGGAUCGGAAUUACAACUGCAAAUGGCCAAGGCCAUGGCGGCCCAAUUGGGCGAUGACUAUCAACACGAGCAUGACGAAUGUGUCAUUUGCAUGGAAGGAUUCGAUCCCACCAAUCCACGCAUGCCCACGCUCUGUGGAUGCGGAGAAAACAAUACAUACUUUCAUUUACCCUGUCUCUAUCAGUGGGUACAACAAAGUGGACGCAAGUGCCCCAGUUGCCGCAAACGAUUGCGAUGGGAGGAAUUUUGA